CUUAAAUUGGCUUAUUUACAUAUAACAGAACUGUAGAAACGGCUCAACAGGUAUUGAAUAUUUUGGCAGCUGUUCCAUUACCUCUCUCAAAGUAGAAGACGCUCAAAAGUUUUGUUGUUGCCUGGGGAAAGAUACGUGAGAAACUUAUUCUAAACCUUGGCCACACCUAAUACUAAGAAUCAGAUUUUUCCAUAUGGCUUACUGGUUUUAUAAUCAAUUGAACUCAAAACUGGAUAUUUUUCUGCUCCCUCUCAACGUCCAAGGAGAACGUAUAUUGGAGGAACCUUAACGGCAACAUGUUUGGGAUUAUCAAAUCUUUAUACUUUUUAUGUUUCUUUAACCUGGAUUUAGCAAUAUUACACCCUUGUCCCCAUGGAGCAGGUGCCAGACUUCAAGGUGAUAUCAUGAUUGGAGGACUCUUUCCAAUUCAUAAAGAAAUAUUUGAUUUAACAAACUAUACUAUGCCAUAUGAUGUUAUUUGUACCGGAUUUGAUAUGAGAGGAUUUAUAAGAUCCCUUGGCAUGGUGCAUGCAAUAGAAAGAAUAAACAGCUUAAAUUGGUUACCUGGCAUUACAUUGGGGUAUGAAAUUUAUGAUACGUGUGCAGACGCUUCAAAGGGUCUUCAAGAAACUAUGAGAAUGAUUCGGAUGUCUAAUUCAUCUGACAGGAAUACAAAGUUCAUGUGUAAUUACACAAGUUAUACACCGUUUGUGAAAGCUGUUAUUGGCGCUGGUUACUCUGAAGUUUCCAUUUCAGUUGCCAGACUUCUCAGCUUCCAUCUCAUACCACAAAUAAGUUAUGCCUCAUCGGCUGCCAUCUUAAGUGACAGGCGAAGGUUUCCUUCUUUUUUGAGGACCGUUCCAAGUGACACACUUCUGACUAAAGCUCUUGCAACACUCAUAAGGAAAUUUAAAUGGACAUACGUGGGAAUCAUUUCUAGUGAUGAUGAUUAUGGACGCUCUGUCUUGGAAAGUCUGACCAAUCAUUUUGACGAUCAGCUUGUAUGCACAGCAUUUAAAGAAAAAAUUCCCUCGGAUGUAGGAAACCCUGAUAUGAUCAUAGCUAUAAAAAAGGUCCUUGAGAAAAUAAAAGUAUCUUCUGCACAGGCAGUGAUACUGGCUUUAAAAGUUCCAAAUGUCAUUGAGUUAUUUACAGAAGCCAUGAAGCUAAAUAUUUCUAGGAUAUGGAUUGCAAUGGACAACUGGUCAACCUCACGGGAGAUUGCUACAAUGACGGGCAUUAACACAGUGGGUCAUGUCCUUGGCUUUUCUUUUAAAAAUGGAGAAAUACCAGGCUUUCAUAAAUAUCUACGCACACUACAUUUAGAUUCAAAUACUAUAAAUACUUUCAUUGAAGAAUACAAGCAUCUACGAUUUGGGUGUACUGAGGAGUAUAAAGCAUAUGAGCACUGUUUAAGUGUGUCACCAGAUAACUGCUUCCAAUCAGAAUCUAUUAAAUUCAAGUCGCCAAUGGCUUGCAAGUUAGCAAAUGUCUCCACAGCGAGUGAUGACUUUGUUGUAAACAACAUUGAGUUAGAUGGAUCUUUUAGUGCUUAUUUAGCUGUGACAGCAAUAGCUAAGGCACUGAAAAAUAUUUUAUGCUCCAAUGGAACAUGCAAAAUCAACCAUGACUUACACCCAUGGCAGUUGCUUCAGGAAGUAAAGAAAAUACGUUUCAGUUCAUAUGAUGAGGAUAUAUUCUUUGACAGUUAUGGAAAUGCCAAUAUAGGCUAUGACUUACUUUCAUGGCAUUAUGUCAACGAAUCUAUGCAAUUUACUGUUGUUGGGAAAUAUGAGCUUCAUCAAAGUUCUAUUAAUUUUAAUAGCUCUCUAAUUGAUUGGAAUACACCAGAUAAUAAGAUUCCCGAUUCAAAAUGCUCGAUGCCGUGCCGUCCAGGCCAGUAUAAGGUGCAUUCAGACAUAAGAUGCUGCUACAAUUGUAGUUUAUGUGCAGAAGGCUACUACUCAGAUGGUUAUGAUAUGAAUGAGUGCAUCAAGUGUCCUUUUGACCAGUGGUCUGAAAAGGGAAGCUCAUACUGCAAAAAUAGGACAAUUGAGUAUUUCCAUUGGAAGGAUCCAUUUGCCAUUAUUUUGUCAAGCUUUGCUAUGGUUGGCUUUCUGUUAGUAGUAAUUGUGGGAAUAGUUUUUUUAAAAUAUUUUGACACUCCAGCUGUUAAGGCAGCAGGGGGCAUAUAUACCUGUAUAAUGAAUAUCUCCCUUCUAUGCAGUUUUGCCAGCACAGGGUUUUUUAUAGGUGAACCAAGUGACAUUUCUUGCAAGAUCAGACAGCCUCUGUAUGGUAUUAGUUUCACUCUUUGUGUAUCUUGCAUUCUGAUCAAGUCCUUUCGAAUUGUAUUGGCCUUUGAGUUGGGUAAACAAAUCCAAUAUAAUAUUAAACUCACCUACCAGCCAGUUCUAGUUAUAACAGCAUUGACAGGGUGUCAGGUUUGUGUUUGUACUCUAUGGCUUUUGUUGAAAGGACCAACAGUUACUAAGAUCAGCCAUAUCCCCCAAAUUCUUAUUGUUCAGUGCCAUGAAGGUUCGAUCUUGGGCUAUGGAAUUAUGUUAGGUUUUACCGGCUUUCUUGCUUUUGUUUGCUUUGCUUUAGCCUAUAAAGGGAGAAAGUUACCUGACAAGUACAAUGAGGGAAGGUAUAUCACAUUUAGCAUGCUCAUAUAUAUCUUUGUAUGGUUUUCUUUUAUUCCGAUAUAUCUGACCACAAAUGGAAUGUAUCUUCCUGCAGUAGAGGUGGUAGCUAUACUUGCAUCUAAUUAUGGUGUUAUAUGUUGUCACCUUUUACCCUCAUGUUAUAUCAUAUUUUUCAAGAAAGUGAGUAACAGCAGAGAAAGUUAUUUACAAAGCAUUCGAAGUUUCUCAAAAGCCAGACUUUCUGUUUCCUAUCUUAUUCCUGAAAUACCACAUUUUCAAUUUACAGAAUGUCCAACAAGCAAUUUUAAUUCUUUGUACGAAACAAGAAAACGUAGUAGAAGUUACUAAAAAUGUCCAUACUAAUAAAGGAAAACCACAAUGGUUCAUAUUUUGUAGAUAUUAAUCUAUCCUAUUUUGAAAAGCACAGGAAAUGUAUAAACAAACAAAAAUAUGUAGGGAAUAUGUCAGAUGAUUGAAAUGUCAGGACUGAUAAUGAUAUAUUCACAUAUUGGGCUAGAUUAUGAGUGGAGGGCAACAUUGCGCUUCUCAAUCACGAUAUUUGCGCUCCACUCAGCAAUACAAGCUUUGAAGCGUUGCGCUCAUGAGAGCACCCUUCCAAAGGCUCUAAUGGGAGCCUCGUUCUGAUGCCGUCAUACACGGUUUAGAAACUAGCAAUAGUAAUCCAGCACUCUGUAUAUCCAAAGGGUGUCUGAGCUGAAUGAGUCACUGUGUAAGCCCACAAACUGUAUACAACACCAGAUACAGCUGCCCACUGAUUUUCAGUAAGAUUUUUAUGCCAUAUAAAGGAGCAUGUACAAAAAUAGAAUACGUUUCGGGCCUUGCACCCUUAUUCAUGUCCUAUCUCUAUAGACCACUGUUGUACAUGCCCCUUUAUAAGGAAUAAAAACAUUAAUGAAGAUCAGUGGUGCAACUCUAUCUGGUUUUGUAUACACGGCAUAGAACCUAGUGCAGCGAAGGGGGUAAGUUGCGCAGCGAUGGGCAGCAGAUUUAAAAUAUAUAUGUAUAUGACUAUUAACACAUAAAUAUAUAUGUAUAUAUACAUAUAUAUUUGCAGUUUUAAAAGAGUCCCCAUAGACCGCAAUAUAAAGGCACUUUUCAGUGCCGUUUUUUUUUCUAACACCCCAGACCCGAUCACUUUAACCCCUAAAAACGGCUUUGUGCAGUUAAUAUUUAAUUUUAAAAAAGAUGCUAAUAUUUUUCUUGUUAUCAUUAUUAAAGGCACUACACACUUAAGUUUGGGGGCAAUUGUGGUGGGACAUUUUUAAAAUUAACCAGAGAUCUGACCACUGGCUAAUUUUUGGAGCGCCGCCGGUAAUUGCUACAGCGAGCUCACGGUAGAAAUAACCAGCUACUUGUAAUGGCUGGUUAUUUAUUGUGGACCCACGAUAAAUUAUCUCUCUGCUUGUAAUCUAGCCCAUACUCUAGAAAAGUGGCAUAUUUAGGUUAUGUGCUGCCCUAGGCACUCAAAAUUCUGCUGCCCCUCCCCCUCCAAGGUUUUAGGCCUUUUUUGGCCAUAACAUUUUUUGGCCAGGGAGUAAUGUGAAUUUUUUUUUACGGCAUUUCUAAAAUAAAUGUUCACACAAACAGUCAGUGACACAUACAGACGCAUGCACACACUGAUAUACAUACAUACACACACACACACACACACACACACAUCUAUUGUUGUAUUAUAUAUAUAGAAAGACAACAGCUAGCUAAAUAAAUAAAAGGUUCAGAGCUACCUCUAAACUGUAAGCUCCAUGGGCAGUCUCUUAUUAUACCCCCUUAGAAUGUAACCUCUUUGGGCGAAAUCUCCCAUUAUAUAUCUGUAUAAUACUUAAAAAUAUAGUCACAAAAGAGUGCUGCCUCCUCCCAAUCUGCCACCCUAGGCAAGUGCCUUGUUCGCCCCUGGCUUUGAACAUAUAUUAAUUAUUUAAAAAAAAAUACAAAGAUGUCCCUCUAGACUACUACAUUUCAUUAUGUUUUUAUUUGUGCAUAAAAAUAACAUUUAUUUAUUUGACAGUGGAUCAUUGCACUGAUAAGAUCUUACCUUACUGCUAGGUACAUAUCAUGUCUUUUUGAAAUGUAAAAGCAUAUUGAUACAUAUAUUAAAUACACAAAAAAAAUGUUAAAGGGACACUGAACCCAAUUUUUUUCUUUUGUGAUUCAGAUAGAGCAUGCAAU